GCCCUCUUCGACAAAUGACAUUAGUGACAUUCCUAAAAUGACAUUGAGGUUUUAAAAACAAAUAUGACAUGUCAGAAAUAAUGUGAAACGUCAAGUUAUCUAGUAAUUAUGAAUAUUCAAUAAAAAAUCUAUAAUUUCUGCUUGUUCAUUGAACUGCAGUGUAAUUUAAUUAACAAAUCGUAUUAAUAGUAAAUGUAGUGUUUAAUCUAAGUGAAAUGGUGACUUGUGCCCAUGUUGCGGUUGCUGAAAGUAUUAAUAUAGAUACUUUACUCAACUGUUCAGAGCUUGUUUGUGCUGACUGUGACUGUCAUGGACCAAACCUGUGGAUUUGCCUAUAUAAAAACUGCCUGAGAAUAGGAUGUGCUGAAAAAUCAAAUGAUCAUAGCACACUUCACAAUGCAAACCACCCUACACAUUGUGUUCACAUGAAUCUGUCAACGAAAAGAAUUUGGUGUUAUGAAUGCAAGAAGGAAGUUUUUGUGGAACCCCAGAGUUACAAUGAUAGUGAUCAAGAAACAGAAACUUGCACAGCAAUGUCUAGGGAUUCAGGACAUGGAAGUUACAGCACAUUGAGAACUAAUACCCCUGAAAGAGGUCCCAUAGAUAGGGCUUUAGUAGGUUUAACUGUAGGUAUGAGUGGUGAUGCCUCAGACUCUAGUGAUGGAGAAAAUGAGGAAGCCUACCCCGAUUACACACAUGAGCGCCCAUGUGGUCUUGUUGGUCUCCAAAAUAUAGGCAACACUUGUUAUAUGAAUGCAGCUCUACAAGCUCUCAGUAAUACUGAGCCACUAACAAAAUUUUUUCUCGAAUGCUCAUAUAUUGUUCAUUUGCUGAGUGAUGGGAAGAAACCCGGAUUGAGUAGGACUUACCAGACGCUGAUGAGAGAUAUUUGGAUUAAGAAGGUCAAUCAGGGAUAUGUCACCCCAUCUGGUAUCUUAUAUGGCAUUCGAAACGUUCACACAAUGUUCCGUGGUUACCAACAACACGACACUCAAGAAUUCCUUCGUAACUUCAUGGACCAACUUCAUGAAGAGCUCAAACAACUCGCCCCACCAGAACUUCCCAGCACUUCCAUACUCUCCUCUUCCACGUGGAAGACAUCAUCCGCUUCAACUGGCUCUGCCUCCUCACCUGAAGCUGACACCUUUAGCCUUGCUAUGGAGGAACCAAGUCACGCUCUGUUGGUAGAAAAUCACGCACCUUUUGUGGAAUCAAACCACGCCCAAUUUAAGGAGCCCAGCGCCGUUCCGUUUGUAAGUUCUUCUGGGUAUGAUUCGAGUGAAGGGGAAUAUGAAACUUGUGAUUCUGGAGUCAGUGAGAGAUCUAGCUUAAGUGAUGAUAUGGAAAGGCCGCCUUGUAAUGCUAAAAGGAGGUUAAGCAGAUGUGGGAGUCCUAAUAGGCGACAAAGGCAGCGAGUACAAAAUAGCGUUGUUAUUGAUUCUCAGCCUACAUCAUCGAAUUCUACCUCAAAGCAACCAUCAAAUAAGAAACAACCGAAAUUCCGUUCAAUAAUAUCCGAUAUUUUUGAUGGAAAAUUGCUUUCUUCCGUGCAAUGUUUAACAUGCGACAGAAUUUCCAGUAGAGUCGAAACAUUCCAGGAUCUUUCAUUGCCAAUUCCAUCUAGAGACCACUUGGUAGUAUUACAUGGGAGAACUACAGUCCAGUCAACCAAUGUUGGUGCCACAUGUUCAGAAGCUUUGAUGCCAGUACAGGAUGGUUGGGUAUCCUGGAUACUAUCUUGGCUGAAAAGUUGGUUCUAUGGGCCCACAGUCACUCUUCAUGACUGUUUAGCAGCAUUUUUUAGUACAGACGAACUUAAAGGGGACAACAUGUACAGUUGUGAAAAAUGUAACAAACUUAGGAAUGGUAUCAAAUUCAGUAAGGUUUUGCAGCUACCUGAAGUGUUAUGUAUUCAUCUAAAACGUUUUAGACAUGAACUAAUGUUCAGUAGUAAAAUUUCAUCUAUAGUUAGUUUUCCUCUAAAAGGAUUGGAGAUGCGACCUUAUCUUCAUACUGAAUGUGUGUCAAAGAUAUCCUCGUAUGAACUAUUCUCGGUGAUAUGCCAUCAUGGUACAGCUGGAGGCGGCCAUUAUACGUGUUUUGCUCUAAAUUCGGGGCAAUGGUACGAAUUUGAUGACCAGUACGUGACCAAAGUCUCUUCGGACAAAGUUCAGAGUUGUGAGGCGUAUGUUUUGUUUUACCAAAAAGUAAAUACUAUUGCAGAAAAAAUUAGGGUGAACGCUGAAGAUAUAUUAGAGAAUUGUACGACGAAAGCUAAAGGCUUAGAAGAACCUCUUAAGAGGACGUAUAUUUCGAGGCAGUGGAUCAACAGGUUUUACUACUGUUCGGAACCUGGACCAAUAGACAACUCCGACUUCUUGUGCCAGCAUGGAUCUGUUAGCCCUGACAGAGAUAUAGAUAUUAAUAAAAUAGCUAUGGUUAUCCCCCACGACGUUUACCAGUACCUGUGUAGUGAAUUUGGAGGUUGUGCUCCUUUUGCGGACCUUACCGUUUGUCCAGCUUGCGCCGCAAUGCAGAAUAGGCUUUUACUUGAAAUGGAAACUUUUUUGCAGGUAAGUCGUGAGGCACAAUCUCAGGAUUACCCUAACACCCACUAUUUGUCCACAUCGUGGUAUACCCAGUGGCACAAUUUCGUGCAAAAACGAAGCCAAGAACCUCCCGGACCUAUAGAUAAUACCAAAAUUAAUCCCGACCAGUUAGACCAUAAAGAAGCUGCUGAUGUGCCUGAAAGCGUGUGGAUGUUCUUUUACAAUAUUUAUGGAGGUGGUCCAGAACUUCGAAUACGACCGCCAGAUAACCCCGAAAUUCCCGAAGUACGAAUAAAAUAUUGCGAAAAAGUUGAAAGCGAGGAAAGCCUACCAGAUACUAUGCACGAACAAUUCGACUUCAUCAGUAACCAUUCUACAUCAACCGCAAAACAUCAUAACGACAGCGUUUUCAUCAACUCGUCGAAAGUGAAAAAAGCUGAGAAAAAAGUGAUCUAUGGGCACGGAGAACCAAUGGAAACUCAGGAAAAUACGAAAAUGAAUGGGAUAAGUGAUGAGAGUAUAAAAGAAUCGGAUGAUGAAGUGAUGAAUAGGUGUGAAAAUGGUUUUGAAGAAAAUGGAGUUAGUGAUAUGCCAAAUAAUAAUGUAAGUAGUAAUAUUAUAGAAAGUAACCCUGAAGAAGUUGAAAAAGAAGCGGAACAAGAGAAAAAAAGUCACAAGAGGCAUCGAAGGAGGCGAAAAAAUUAACAGGGAUAGAUUUAUACAAAUUAUCUAGCAAUAAAUAAUUUUUUGACUUUAUUAUGCCGAGGAGAAAGUAUGAAAAGAUACAUUUGUAAGAUAUUAAAAUUUAUUAUGUCAUUGUUAAUUAUUUAUUUAAGUAAAUGGCAAUAGGAUCUUUAUUUUGGGAUUUUUUUCUUUGGACGGUGAUACAAGACAAGUCAACUAUUAUCGAGGAGGAGAUGUUUUCCUUUCAAAUUUCUCAUUUUGUCGGGAAAAUAAUUUAUAAUUUCGCUUGUUUGUGCAAUAUACCUCUUAUAUUUCGUCCCCAAACAUUUUUAAAUAAAAAGUUUAUAUAAAUUAAAAAACAGCUAACAACUGGAAACAUAUUCCAUAAAUUAUUAGAAAUCCGUUAUUUAGCAAUUUGCUAAUACAUUCAAUAAUAAAAAUACAUAAGUAGUACAUAAGUGAUUGAAAAAAUACGAGUAUAAAUAAAAUAUAAUUUUGUGUCUGUAAAAGGUCUUUACAAAAACAUACCACAUAUUCCUUAGACCAAAAUAAGUCGAUUUAAGUAAAAUUACCUUAGUACAAAGUUGCUUCGUUUAGGCUCCAGAGGGCCUUGAAGUUACAAUUUUUAAAUCGUUUUUCCCAUAUAAAUUUAAAACGGCAUAUGUGAUUUUGCUGAAAUUUGGUAUAUUGGUAGAGUUUUAUGUGGCAAAAAAAAUGGUAUUAAAAUUUUGUCCGAUAAUAAUACAUAGGCGUAGAACUUGAUUUUUUAAAUAAUUGCACCUUUAAAAAUUCUACGCCAAUGGAAG